AUGUCCCUCUCCGUCCUACUGGCAGUGACCACGCUCUACAUCCUCUUCCGUCCUGUGGCAGGAAGCCUUCCGUCCUCUGCUGCUAGCGAAAGCGUGAAGCAUGAUCUCCUUCUGAGCUCCUGGAUUGGCAGCUUCUACAUGCUGGCGGGUCUGAGUGCCAUCUGGUAUCCUGGCACGGGUUGGCUGGAUCCCGAAUUCCGAGUGGAUGAGAAUGUCGACGAGCCGGCGCAGCUGUAUGUCUUUGGAGGCGGUUUGGCAUUACUGUGGGCUGGAUACGCGAUUGAGAGGACAAGGCUUGGAAAAGAAGGGCGGAGCACUUUGCGUAGUGAGGUCAAGCAACGGUAG